ACAUCAGUAGUGCUAAUGUGUUGCUAUGGCGACAUGGUGACCAAUGGAGAGGCAAAGUGUCUGACUAUGGUACUGCUAAUUUCAUGCAACAGACCAUGACAAUCGCCCCUGGAGCUAUGAUUUACAGUUCACCGGAAGCACUCACUACAAAUCAAACAGUCAAGAUCGAUGUGUACAGUUUUGGUGUUCUCCUCUGUGAAAUGUGCAUCCGGGAAUUGCCUGAUCCCAAACAGCGUGAGGAGCAAGUAGCCCUGGUGACGAAUCACGUGUUUCGAGGCCUCAUACGACGCUGUAUUCAGGAGGACCCUGAGGCGAGACCAAAUAUGGAAGAGAUCGUUGAUGAUUUGGAUUCAUCGUGACUCUACCUCAUUUUGUCAGACACCGUGUCACAAAGACAAAGUGUUUUCAUAAGGAACGGCGAAAGAACUUAAGAAAGCCUGUCCAUCGAGAGGUUUGACAAAAUUGACAAGAAAUGAACCAUGUACGAAAAAUACGAGAUCAUCGGCGUA